UCACCUUUUAGUAUCAAUUCUCAGUUACGCGAAACAGGUGGUUCACUAUUGCGCGGAAAUUUUAGUAUUUUGUAAUUCGAGUUAUAGUUAAGAUAUUGCAAAGAUAGUUCUAUUCUGGUGUCGAAUACCUUUUAAAGAUAUCCUUUACCAAGCCUUAAAACUGGAAAUCUGCAUUAUUAUCGUCUAUUCUUCAUUUCACAAUUACCCGAGCUAGUUGUUUCAAUAUCCGAAGUGAAUCACCUUGAAUGCGUGGUUAUCUAGCGACCAAACCCUAUUUUUAUUCGAUGUAUGGAGUAUCUACGAUUUUCAGCUCAAGUGGUGUCAUGUAAUUUCAAACAACUAUUUGCAUUGGAAAGUGAUAAAAUCUGCAUGGUCUACAUUUGAAUCAGAAUUUGACCGUCAUCGGUGCAAAAUGGCACCUGUUCAUAAACUUGUUGCAAUAGCUGCAUGUUUGAUUAGUGCCGCCGUAGCGUACAACAUACCGCAGGAGUUGAUUCAUUGCUAUCGUGGUAACUUCACUCAACCUUCAGUGGGUUUCAACCAACAACUACUAUUGGAGCUGAUCCGAAAGGUUGAAGAGAAGAACCCUACCACGUUGGAUAUGCGGAUGCUCAGCGUAGAGCUGAUUCAUCGUCUUCGAAUUGAUGGCAUAGAAAAAGCUCCAGGUCUUCAGGAAACGGAAUUCGUGACGCCCUACAGCACCCGUGGAAUAAUGGUACCCAAGUACAAACUGCUCCUACAGCUGGUAUCCAAUAUCCCCGGAACGAUCGAGUUCGAUAGAUUCCUUAGCCCAUGGGAGAUCUGCCUGCUUCAUAGACUGUUGAGUAGCACGGUCGAACCGUAUCAGCGUGGAGACGAACGAACCAGCUGCCCGGCGCCAGUUGGAGACCCAUCCCGAAAUGCGCAGGCACCGUGGAUUACUCAGAACAAGUCCCAAAUGAACCAAACGACAGGCACCACAUUCGAGCGUCCAAUUUCACGAUGUCCACUAGAAGGCGGCACCUGCCGUAGCUUACGAUACGGAACAGUAUCUCCUGGAGUGGUGGUUAUGUCCAUUGCAGCUGGACUUCAACCUCAGAACGUCCGAAUCAGUGAAUUCAUCUCCGCCUAUAAGAGAAAGGGCACAUACGAAAACUUGGAAACGAUGGAACGAGCUGAUACGCGUAAGCAGAUGGAGAAACUGCUUUCUUCGAUGGAGUCGAUCGACAAUACGUACGUUGUUGGACUGGCGGGAGAUUUGGCCGAAGUUUGCUUGUAUCAGGGUCCUUACGUGGGUACCGAUCUGCGUGUUGGACUCCAAGGCAACUGGAACGACACGUUUUUCCCUAGGUUACGAUUGCUGGCCGAUACACACGAAGGCCGAUGGGAAAUGACCGACAGUGAACUUCUGUCAGGAAUCGACGGCUAUUUCUUGGCCCAGCAAGUUCCAUACUUUGUUAACAAAGUUAGGCGGCUUCGGCUAUCGCAGGUACUCGACAUGUACUACAGCAAUCGAGGUAUUCCGGUGGUUUCUAUUGAAAAUACUGGAAAGCGUAAGCUUCCCAAUGUGAAACAGAUGCCUAGUGAAAGGUUGUCCAAGAACUCCGAGCUCAACGAUGAUUCGCUGAAAAAUCUGUUCAACGCUGAGAGAAAGACCAAGUUGUGGAAGGUGUUUAACGAACAUGAGGUGCAAGACCCGCAAGGAGACACCCAAAACGUCCCUGAAGAUAUCAACAGGGCCUGUUAUAGAAAGGAAAUUCUCCAGACGAUCGAUAAAGACCGUUUGAAGCAAGAAACGUUCAACUUUGUGCAGGUUUUGCAGUAUACAACCGGCAGCGUUGUUGUGGAGGAUUCACUGAUGAGAAGGAACUGUGAUGCAGCAGUUGAUCGGUUCUUUAGUUACGCGGGAAAUUUGUUAAGUGCUUUCGAGGAUUGCACGACGGUUGGAAUGUCGGAUACUAAGCCCAUUAUAGAUUUGUUGUUGGUUAUUGAUGGAUCGCGAAGUGAAUACGAAAAUCAAAGAAUUAUCUUUCAUUUGGCCGAGCUAAUCGACGUUUCUAUCUAUGGUUCGUCAAUGAGUGUUAUAAACGGUCAAUCGGGUGAUUUCAUGGUCAAUCGAACACAGAGUUUGUCCAGCAUUUUCGAACAGCUCUCGGCUUACGAAGGAUCUUAUCCGGCUGCAUUGUCACUGUCUAACAGCUUUGACGCGAUCAUUCGCCGCCUAUCGGACCAGAUGGACGACGAACGUGCUUACCGGACAGUCGGAGCUCGGGCUCCAGUCAUUUUGGUCAUCUCGCAAGGUGCCCGCAUUGUCAAUACGGACUUCACCAGUGCCCGUCGAAUGCUGACGAGUACCUUUGAACAGUUUCCCGAUUUGUACUUUGUAUUCCUGACCAACGAUGCGACCACGUUCAGUCAAUUGACCGAUUUUUCAGGAAUAUCUCACAGUCGAGUUCCCGUCGAAGAGCACUACAAGAUCAUCGAGUCGUCCUCCAUCGAUCCCCAGCCAUACAGUGAGUUGCUCCAGGCCAACCUGAAAGCCAUUCCCCAACGUCUGGUAGCGCCGUUCUGUCGUACCGAAGCUAACCGGAAGUCUUGGCGAGCGGUCAACGUCCGGGAAGAAUACGAACAGUACCUGAGUCCAGGAGUGGAACUGCGUUACCGUAUCAAUCGCAACUUCCUAAUCAACACCGAUCACGUUGGAAUACAGUUUCAGAACUCCGGCUACGGAGAGCUCACAGUUUGUGGAACGAUGGACUCGAGUUUUGCGGGUCUUGCCUGUACGACUACCACACCGGAGAACGAUAACGUGUGGUUCAACUUUACCGGGUUGUGCUCGGGUAUUCCCGGAAUUGAGUGCCGCUCGAUUUAUUUUCUGGUGCAGCUGGAUACAUCGUAUAUGCGAUGUUCGGAGAAUGAUUGUCGCUAUCCAGACCAGGUGCGAUUCGUUAUCAAACACGAGGGCUUACGGUGUCCCUCGGAUGGAAGUGGAGCUCGGAGUUUAGGGAUCGGUUGGAUUGUUCCGUUGAUUCCCUUAUUAUUUAUGGUUAGAAUGUUUCGUUUAAUCUAAUCUAGUAUGUAAGUAGCCAUAUGAUUGUUUUGUAGAGAUGUUUUACACUGUUACAAAGUACAAUAAAUAAAAGAUGACAUUAAAUGCU